AUGGCAGAAUCUCCUCAGUCACAAGCCAAAAGACGGCGGACGUCGACAACCGAGACGAGCAAAUAUCCCGUCGUCGCCGGCUACAGAAUCUCUACCUAUGCUGCGCCGGGGACGUCUCUGACCUUGAAUGAGCAAAGAAUUAUAUAUCAUGCUUGGAGAAAGAGCGGCUCACCACACAACCCACUAUGCUAUACUUGCCGCAAACCAGGCAGCAUGCUGCAUUGCGACACAUGCUGCCGAUCCUAUCAUCAACAUUGUGUCGUCCCAGAGAUGCCAGAGUCACAAAAGACUUUUUACUGUGGCGCAUGUACAAGGAGAAAUUGGCACAUUCAGCCGCCAUUGUUCAACGAUGAGAAGUCGAAUCAUCUUCUUAAGCAACCUGCCGAUCAGCCGGCGCCAGAACCUGCAGCCAAACCUGAAGAAGCGACGUCAAACAUGGAGGCUUCUAAGAGUACUCGGCUGAUGAAAGACGCAGUCAAGUCUGACGAUUCUGAAGACUCAUCCUCCCAGCCAGCCUCAAGCAAAGUGUCUGAAGAACCGAGCCAUAAUGUACAGGGUGACGUGCUUCGCUCACUGCAAAGCCUUCGCGAACGAGUGACGAUGCUCGAGAAAGAGAACGAGGCAAUACGGCAAAUUUCACAGACCAAUAAUUCAAGGAAACGAGAGUUGAACCAAGCGGGCGAUGCAUAG